AUGGUACGGCCGACAGUGAAAGCUAGGUCCACGAGCGAUCAGAUUACCGCGAUUGUUGAGCGCAUUUUGCAAGGGACUCUCGCCUUCGUUAUCUUAUGGGUUGUCUAUAGAUACUGUUGGAUUGAUGUGUCCGAUCCUUUUAAAUGCGGUGCUCUUCUUCAUAAAGGCCAAUGGCUGGAUCCCGGCCCAAGAUGGAGCCCUCGAAAUCCCUUCCAGAAUUGGCAGCCUCCAGGGUGUAUAAUGCACGAGUACAAGAGAAGGGACAUACAUGAGUGCUUCCACAACCGAAGGAUCGUGUUCAUUGGUGAUUCUACGACCAGGCAGAUAUUUUGGGCUGUUGCGAAGAAGAUGGAUCAAGAGAAGGCAGACGAGGCGAUCGCAGAUGUGCUGGCUCAUGAUGAGAAACAUAACGACCUUGCGUUCGAAACUGAAAGCGUAUCUGUCCAAUUCAUUUGGGAUCCCUUUCUCAAUUCCACUGGUCUGGACAGGGAACUGACUAAGUUCUCGGCUGUACCUUCUCUGGAGCCCACUGGCGCGUCGGGUGAGAGUGCUGCUCUACUAUUGUUGGGCUCCCCUGGUCUUUGGUUCGCCCGACACGAGCAGGAGAAUUUCAUGAAAGAUUUCAGAGAUUCAAUUGAGCAUGUGAUCCCUUACAUGGACCAUGGUCAUGGUGAUGAGGACGCUCUACCGCCUAGGCGCUUCAAUGCUCGCGAAGCUUCACCGAACUUGCUUCUCCUAGCGCCAAUUCAAGUCCCCCAGUAUGAAGUUUUGUCUCCAUCAAGAGCGGCAACAAUCACACCUGAAAAGAUUGAUCAAAUGAACGACUUUCUACAGCAAGCAUCUGCAUAUUCCGAGGCUGAUGUCGUGUGGAGCUACAAUUUAAUGACUUGGAGUGGCAAAGCUCAGUAUGAAGAGAGCGGACUUCAUGUCGUUGACAAUGUGGCACAUCGAAAGGCAGAUGUUCUUCUCAACCUUCGGUGCAAUGCUGGUCCGGCCUCGAGCAAGUAUCCUUUCGACCGUACGUGUUGCAGCAAUUACACGCAGCCCAACUACGUUCAAUGGAUCAUGAUUCUAGCAGGAAUGCUGGUACUUCCCUUGUUGCUAUCACUACGUAGAGCGCAUGUAGCUUGGCUUAGUCGAUUUUUGCCUUCUACCCAGACUUUGACAACAUGGACUAUAUUCUGCCUUGUCCUCUGCUUAAGCUAUUAUGCAGACCGCACUCAAAUCUUUGAAAAAUCACAACGGCAGUUUCGUCGAAAAGAAUUUAUGAUGGCUUGCUCGGCGGUUGCUAUUGCUGGAUUGGUGUCGAUCAAGAAGAACAAAGAUCCACCUGCGAUAGCCAGAGAGUCUAGAGGUCUUCGUGACCAGCCAUUUCUCUCUCGACAGCAGACCGAAGAGUGGAAAGGAUGGAUGCAAGCUAUCAUUCUGAUCUAUCACUACACCCAUGGUUCCAAAACCCUGUGGAUAUACGAGAUUGUACGACUCCUCAUUGCAUCCUAUCUCUUCAUGACCGGAUUCGGACAUGCCACAUACUUCCUUAAGACAGGCGACUAUUCCAUUAGACGUGCAGCAGGUGUUUUAGUACGUCUUAACCUGCUUAGCUGUGUUCUUCCGUAUAUGAUGCGCACGGACUACAUGUUCUAUUAUUUCGGAUCCUUGGUCAGCUUCUGGUUUCUCGUCAUAUAUCUCACUCUUAGAAUUGCCCAUGUCCGGAAUUCCGAUCAACCAUUCUUGUUUGGAAAAAUGGUACUUUCUGCAGCUGCGGUAACAUGCUUCAUCAAGAUACCUGGAAUUCUAGAGACUGUCUCGUUCGUCUUGAAUAAGACAUGUGCUGUAACAUGGCCUGUGAUGGAGUGGCGAUUCCGGAUCUCUCUUGAUUUGUAUAUCGUCUAUGUUGGGAUGGUCCUCGCUGCUCUCACGGUUCGAAGAUCGCAGCUCAGAGUUGAAAUGGCUCUGCCAGGAAAUCUGUUGGACACGUUAAUUAAGGCGUCCAUCACAUAUCGUGGCACGUUCAAUUUUGUGGCAGCUGUUCUCUCAACGGGACUUCUUCCUGGCUUCUGGUCUUUAACGCGGAGGUCUCCGGAUAAGCAAGACUACAAUUGGUGGCAACCUUACAUCUCGUUCAUACCAAUCCUCAGUUUCGUCACCCUUCGAAACUGCCACCACCUGCUUCGCAAUUACCAUUCAGUAGUCUUCGCCUGGCUAGGUCGUUGCUCCCUCGAGACUUAUAUAUUACAGUAUCACAUCUGGCUCGCGGGUGAUACAAAAGGUCUGCUCAGUCUGGGACUCGGACCUAGGUGGCUAGAUGCCUUCAUUCUGACUCCAAUAUUCUUAUGGAUCAGCUGGCACACCUCUAAAACUACACAGAUGCUCACAGGAUGGGUUGUCGGAAGCACGAAGUUCACUCGAAUGUCUAGCGAAGAUAUUCCUGCAGGAGAGAAAGACUCGCCGUAUCUCAUACCUAAGACUCAAAAUCGCGGCAGUUCAGACAUGGAAGACAUUGCUUUAGAACGUCAAAAGACAGGUGCGAGAAGCUGUUCAUGGAAAACCCCCGGCAAAGUCGAGGAUGAAAUCAAGUGGAAACUUGGCGUGAUCUUGUUAUUGAUGUGGCUUGCCAAUGUUACAUACCGAUGA